AUGAGCUUCAUGCGAAUCGGAGGCUGCAAGGGGACUCAACUUCCGCCGCUUGGUCCGCCACGUGGCGAAAGCCUCGCCGGUACGAGCGAACAGGCUCCGCUGCUUGCCGUCGGAGACGUAGUAGCGGUACGUGCGGGUGCCGAGCAAGAAGACGGCGAGGGCGCAGGCCAUCACGACGCAGGGGAUGCCGAAGCCGAGGCCCCAGCCGAUGUUGUCCUGGAUGUAGCUGAGGAACACGAGCGUGACGGCGGUGCCGGCGCAUAUGCCGAAGUACCACCAGUUGAAGAAGGAGCUCCGGGAGACGGCCUCCCGCGGGUGGCUCGCGUCGAACUGGUCGGCGCCGAAGGCCUGUACGCACGGCUUGUGCCCGCCCUGCGCGAGGGCCACCAGGUAGAGGGAGGUGUAGAACGCGGCCAUCUGCAGACUGGACGGCGGCGAGCAGGGCGUGCCGCCGUCGGUGUUGCUGCAUUUGUGAUUGCCGGAGGAGAGCAAUGUCGAGAGAGCCAACAUUCCUAA